GCCGUCCUGCACAGCAGCCCCGCUGAACCGGAGAAGGGCUUCUACCCCUCCAACAUCCCGAGCUGCACCAACACCACCUCGGCUCCAGCGGGUGUGAAAAGUGGACUGGCCAGAGCUGUAGUCGCUGUUGACGCUAAGGAAACCGAGAGUCCAGUCCUGUUACCAUGGGUAAACAGAACAGCAAGCUACGGCCAGAGAUGCUGCAGGACCUCCGGGAGAAUACCGAGUUUUCCGACCACGAGUUGCAGGAGUGGUACAAGGGUUUCUUGAAGGACUGCCCCAGCGGAACCCUGAAUGUAGAGGAGUUCAAGAAGAUUUAUGCCAAUUUCUUCCCCUACGGUGAUGCCUCCAAGUUCGCUGAGCACGUCUUCCGAACCUUUGACACCAACGCUGACGGGACGAUAGACUUUCGGGAGUUCAUCAUCGCCCUGAGCGUCACGUCACGGGGCAAGUUGGAGCAGAAGCUGAAAUGGGCCUUCAGCAUGUACGACCUGGACGGAAACGGGUACAUCAGCCGCCAGGAGAUGCUGGAGAUUGUACAGGCCAUCUACAAGAUGGUGUCAUCUGUGAUGAAGAUGCCAGAGGAUGAAUCCACGCCCGAGAAGAGGACGGAUAAGAUCUUCAGACAAAUGGACCUCAAUAACGAUGGCAAACUGUCCCUGGAGGAGUUCAUCAAAGGUGCCAAAAGCGACCCCUCCAUUGUGCGGCUACUCCAGUGCGACCCCAGCUCGGCCUCCCAGUUCUGA